CUUUUUGGUUGCUGUUGCUGCUGCUACAUCGUGGGGCCUGUAGGCUGGCGGGAGAGCUUGCAGAACACUCAACAUCAUAACGGCAUUUACCUUCAAUGUAAGAACGUUGUACCAAAUGUUACCUUUCUGUUCGCUAAAAGGAUGACAAAGAAUCCUGAAAAUAUCAAUGGGGAGCCAGCUCCAAAAAAGACACGACUAGAUAGUCAGAAUGUUGGAACAACUGUUGCUAGGCCCAAUAACAACUCCACGGAUGGGCUCAAAGUCAAUGGUCAUGUUCAUGACAGGCAGCGUCUUGAACAUGCUAAGAGAAAAUUGAAAGAAGAAAGGCGACGAUUGCCAAUUUAUUUUGGUAAAAAACAACUAAUUUCAGAGGUGCAAAGGAAUGAAAAUGUAAUAAUUAUGAGUGAAACUGGUAGUGGGAAAACGACCCAAGUGCCUCAAUAUUUGUUCGAGGCAGGGUUUGCAAAUUCUGGAGUGAUUGGUUGCACACAGCCAAGGAGGGUAGCAGCAAUAUCCAUAGCUGACAGGGUAGCCAAAGAAAUGGGAGUUUCAUUAGGAAGUCUUGUUGGUUUUACUGUCAGGUUCGAAGAACAUAGUGGCCCUAGAACGAAAAUUAAGUAUAUGACUGAUGGAAUAUUGCUUCGUGAAGCUAUUGCCGAUCCACUGCUUAAGAAAUAUAGCAUAAUUAUUCUAGAUGAGGCACAUGAAAGAACAAUACAUACAGAUGUCUUGUUUGGGGUGGUAAAACAAGCACAAAAGCUACGCAAAGAGAAUAAAAUCAACAAACUGAAGAUCAUCAUCAUGUCUGCAACUUUGGAGGCUGAGCAUUUUGCACAAUAUUUCAAUAAUGCAAAAGUACUAUAUGUCGAAGGACGGCGGCACCCAAUCAGAAUGAUGUAUGCUGUCGACCAGCAAACAGAUUAUAUUCAUUCAGCUCUUGUUUCUACAUUGCAAAUUCACCAGCAACACGGAUUUGGAGAUGAUAUUUUGGUGUUCCUAACUGGACAAGAGGAAAUUGAGUCCCUAUCCAAGCUUUUAAUUGACUGCUCUAGUCAGCUGGACCAGAAUUUUCAGAAGAUCACUGUUUGCCCAUUGUUUGCUGCACUUCCACCAGCUUUGCAAAUGAAGGUAUUUGAAAAAACUAAACCAGGUCACAGGAAGAUUAUUCUUGCAACAAACAUUGCAGAGACUUCAAUAACAAUUCCUGGGGUGAAAUAUGUCAUUGACACUGGGAUGGUAAAAGUCAAAGGUUACAACCCUCAAAAUGGAUUGGAUAUGCUAAUAAGAGAGCCUGUAUCAAAAGCUCAGGCACGACAAAGAGCUGGUAGAGCUGGCCGUGAGUGCCCUGGUAUUUGCUAUCGACUGUAUACAGAAGAUUCUUUUAAAGCCCUUGCCCAAUCCUCAGUGCCAGAAAUAAAAAGAUCCAAUUUAUCAAGUGUUGUUCUCAAUUUACUUGCAAUGGGCAUUUCUGAUUUGUCAUCUUUUGAUUUCAUGGAUCCACCAUCAACAAUGGCCAUUCAAAAUGCUAUUGAAGAACUGGUUUUACUUGGGGCAGUGGAAUCUGCUCAAACUGAAAAGUUAACAGAAACUGGAAAAAUUAUGGCCAACUUCCCGUUAGACCCAAAGUUUGCCAAAUGUAUAUUGACUGCACGUGGAGAAGGUUGCACGGAAGAGAUGUUAACAAUCGUUGCCGUGUUGUCGGUCGAAUCCAUUACAUAUUCGCCAUCUGAUAAAAGAGAUGAAGUAAACAGAGUGCGACAAAAGUUUCUUUCGUCAGAGGGUGAUCACGUGAGUUUGCUUAACAUAUUUAAAGCCCAUAAACACGUGAAAGGCAACCCUGAUUGGUGCAUGGAGCAUUUCAUAAACACAAGGGCAAUGAAAACUGUUCAUAAUAUUCGCAGCCAGCUGCGGGAACUUUGUCAAAGACUAGACAUACAAUUGACCAGCUGUGGAAAGGACUUCACCAAACUUAGACGGUCUUUAGCUGCGGGGCUCUUUACUUGCUGUGCGGAGUUGCAAAGAGACGGUACUUAUCAGACUGUUGUUCAAAAACAGCCAGUCAGCAUCCACCCCUCAUCAGCCUUGUUUCGUUGUAAGGCUGCCUACGUUGUUUAUACGGAGCUCGUUAAGACUUCGAAGUGCUACAUGAGAAAUUUAAGUGUAGUGGACCCGCAGUGGCUGAUAGAUGCUUGCCCAAGGUAUUUUCGUAAUCAGAAACUGCUUCCCCAGUCCGUUUCUAGUUAAUAUAUUCCAUAAAGUUUAAUUAAUGUAAUCAUGUCUUUUACAUUUCUUCUGCUUUUUAUUCAUAAAAGAAGAUUAUAAUCUAUCAAUUAAGUAACCUGUACGUAGCUGUUUUAGGCUGUGUUCCGUAAACGGCGCGCAGUGAGAGGUUUUUGCGUUGAAUAAUUAUUCUAUAAGCCAGAGACGGAUUUCAGCGGCAAGGAUGGAGGGAUCGUUUGAUAAUGAUGGGGGCUACAGCUUACGGCUAAUGAAAAGCACAAAAGCCUAUAUUUUAAGGUUUCAUCAUUCUAACGAAUUAGGACUUAAGACUUGUCACAAAAGAAUGAAGAUUGUACUUCAAUGAAAAAGAAAUUAUUCUCCCCCACAUUUUUCCACCACUGUCCGUUGAAUAAGCUCUACUUGUGCCUGCUUGUAUUCUCAAGGCAAUGUUUCCCGCAAGCGGUGCUCCAAAGUCUAUCGGAAUUUUGAAUAAACGGAAUUAUUCAAGGUAAUAGAUAUUUUCAAUAACGUUUUCCAUGAAAACAGUGAUGCUCAAUGAUGAUGUUUUCAGUUUUUAACAGAUCCCUAUUGACUGCUAGAUUUGCUCACUGGUGCCUUUCUCGUUACGGGCACAUUGUUUUGUGGAUAUAAAUAGGUUUAGGGGGGGGGAGGGGGGGAUCUGAUAAAUAGGUCAGAUACAGUUCUGAGCCUUAAUACCUUUUCUAUCGUUAAGCGCAAGAAUCAUAUAUUUUUUGUAUUGUAAUGGUUCGUCUUGAAAGCCUUAAUAUGUAUUACGAAAGCCUGCCGCUUGCUUUCUCUAGAGCAAAAAUUUAUCGUUAUCCUGCUAUGUCUUUUUAUACUAAGAAGAGUGUUUUUGAAAUACUUUGAGAUAAAAAAUUCAUUAUUAUUUGAACCCGUUUUACGUGCUCGCACAUAAAACAUAAGUCAUUAACUGUUCUUGUCAUUUUAUAUUCGUUCUAACUUG